GCACGGGCGCACCACCAGGUGUUGGCGGAAUUUCACCAAUGGGAAUACAAGGUAGUGGAAGAGAACGACCACAAAGGCAUCCAUUUGAGGAUAAGAGGUUAGGAAACCCGCCACAAACAGCUCCUCAAUCACAACGUCUAGAUCCUCAACCAAAUUCACCAAUAAGUCAGCAACAACAACCCAACCCGCAAGCAGAUCAACAACCCAACUCACCAGUAAAUCGCCAACAACUUAAUCUGCCAAAAGCAUCGCCAGUUCCGAAUGUUAGCCCGAAUGGAGUCGCUGAUCAGAACGCGCAUAAAACACAUGAGACAGAAAAUGCAAAACAGACGUCCAGUCCUUCUACAAACUCUGCCAAACAUUCUAAUUCGCCACAAGGUGAUAGCGACCCGCGUCAUAACGAAACUACCGCAUCGAAUGGAGGCUUUAAGAAUGUAGGUUGUGACAGGUUAACGACGGGAAUUGUAACAAUAAUAAUGAUGUGUUUAUGGAUUUAUGGAGUGGGAAUAGAUUAA